AUCUCUCUGCAUCUUCCCCACAAAAACAAAUAUUCUCUCUCUCUCUCUCUCUCUCUCACUCUCUCCAACCACCAACACAAGAACCUUUUACAAAAGAAGAAGCACCAAGAAGAAGAACAACAAGAGGGAGAGAGAAUAAUAAUUAUUAACCAUGGUUUUCACUUCAAUUCCAGCAGCUUAUCUUGAAGCAGCAGCCAACUGGCAGCAGCAUCAACAGCAACAACAAAAUCAUCAACCUAGUGGCAACUCUGGUGGUUCUACAUCUCCUCAGCUUCUUCCACCACCACCACCUCCGCCACCACAACCUCAACCUCAUGGAGCAGGAGGAGGAGCCGGCUCCAUCAGGCCAGGCUCGAUGGCGGAUAGGGCAAGGAUGGCGAACCUUCCCAUGCCGGAGGCUUCACUAAGGUGUCCAAGAUGCGAAUCAACCAACACAAAGUUUUGCUACUUCAACAAUUAUAGCCUCUCUCAGCCCCGCCAUUUCUGCAAGACCUGUAGAAGGUACUGGACAAGAGGCGGGGCCUUGAGAAACGUCCCCGUCGGCGGAGGAUGCAGAAGAAACAAAAGAAGCAAAGGAGGCGGUGGAGGAUCUUCCAGAUCCCCCGCCGCAAGCUCCGACCGCCAGACGGGGAGUGCCAGCUCAACAAACUCGGUUUCCUCAAACUCAACCGGUGACAUAGUGGGCCUCGGCCCAUCUAUGCCACCAUUAAGAUUUAUGGCUCCAUUGCAUCAUCAUCAACUCACAGAUUUUGCAACCGCUUCUGGUACAGACAUACCCCUAAACUAUAACCUAAUGAACUAUACCUCAAUUUCAGGAUCAAUGGGAGGCGUAGGUUUAGGUGACUUGAGUUUCCAAAUAGGAAACCCUUUAGCCGCCGCCUCUGGCGGCAGCGGAGGAGGAGCAAGUGGUGGCUCUUCUCUCUUAUCUGGAUUAGAACAAUGGAGGAUUCCACAACAGUUUCCAUUCAUGGCUGGUUUGGAAGGUUCUUCACAUGGUGGUGGUAACAAUAAUGGUGGUGGAUUAUUAUACCCUUUUGAAGGAAGUGCUGAGAUAAGUGGUUAUGUGAGGCCAAAGGUUUCAACUUCUAUGGUGUUAACACAAUUGGCUUCAGUGAAAAUGGAAGAUUCUAGAGAACUUAAUAAUGUUUCUUCUGGACAGUUCUUGAUGGGAAGCAUUGGCAACAAUAACAACAACACCACCAGCAACAACAAUGUUCCAACACAUGAACAAUAUUGGAAUGGUGCUACUGGAACUUCUGCUUCAGCUUCUUGGACUGAACUUUCUGGUUUUAGUUCUUCUUCCACUACAAGCAAUAACCAACUAUAGAAGUAGAGAAAAAAAAAUUGAAGUUUCAUGUCCUUUAAUUUGAAGAAUCUUUUUUUUAUUAUUAUUUUAUAUUUUUAUUGGUUUGGGUUAUUAGUAGUGUGGCUUCUUUAAUUUUAAUUAAUCUCUCUUUUUUUUUCUAAGACAAAAGUUUAUGUCCAACCCCUUAAUUGCCCUAAUGUGAAGAGCUUUGAAGGUGGGUUAUGGGUACUUUAUUUGGUUAAUUUCGUUUAAUUAAGAUCAAAUGAAAAA